AUGCAGGGCAGAACGGCAGCCCUCUUGCUCUUUGUGGCGUUCGUGUUGGCGGUGUCCUACCAACUCUCCAAGACCUACUGCCCCACCGACCUUCCGUCCUCUUCGGAUGAUCAUCUGCCACGAACAUUGCCUGAGGAUUUAAUGGAUGAAGAGAUGGUCGAGGGAGGUGGAGAUGGAGCUGGAGAUGACGAAGAGAAUGACGGACUUUCCGACGAUAUUACGUUCCUGUUCGCCAUCAUCAACAUGAACCGUAAGACCCACAUGGGCAUCGAGAACUACACGUUCGAGGCCGACUACCUCGAGCAGCUCAAGGGCUUCCUCACCAACUUCCGCCCGGAGAAGGUGCAGAUCAUCAUCCAGAAGAAGUACUACGACUACGUCAAGGACCACCUCUACGACGGCGUCCACGUGCGCUUCGUCGAGGUUGAAGAGCUGCGAGCGUGGAAGUUCUACAACUCGAUGGAGACCAUCCGCCAGUCGGACUGGUGGAUCAACCGCACGCCGUGGCUGCAGAACGUGCCGCAGGGCUACAGCGACCUCUACAAUCCGAUCGUGAGCCACAAGCUGCUGUGGCUGCGCGACCUCUCCGUGCUCAACCCGUUCAAGACGCGCUACUUCGUGUGGCUCGACUCGGGCGGUAUCUGCACACCGCGCCUCAAUCCCUUCUCCGGCAUGCACCUCAACGAGUUCAAGCCCAAAGUCAAGUUCUAUCUGGACAAGGUUUUCAUCACCCUCACCGGCUAUGCGAUCGGCAAUGAACUGCACGGGUGCUACCGCGAAGCCAUGCUCAAGCUCACACACGACGUGUCACCAUGCUACAUCGCGAAGGGUUGGCUGAUGGGAGGCCAAAGGAAGCCAUUGGAGAGGGUGGCUGCACUCUACGAAUACGUCAUCAACAAAACUCUCGAGCUCGGUUGUCUGGGCACGGAGGAGACCCUCCUGACGAUGUGCUACUAUCGUCGUCCCGACUUGUUCCAUGUUCACCACAACAUCGAGCGAUUGGACGGACCCUUUGAUGAGGGCGGCGACGAGAAGACGGAGCUGUUCACAGAGAAGGCGAUGCGAGAAGAGGGUACGGUGGACGACGACUAA